AUGAAGCGGGUGUUCAUCGAUGGCGAGGCCGGAACCACGGGGCUUCAGGUGCGCGAACGGUUGGAGGCGCGAGGGGACGUCGAGCUGAUUCAACUGGAUGAGGGCUCGAGAAAGAAUCUCGAGGCGAGACGCGCGGCGUUGAACGAGUGCGACGCGGCGAUUCUGUGCCUUCCCGAUCAGGCGGCGGAGGAGGCGGUGAAAUUGGUGGAGAAUGAGACGACGGUGGUGAUCGAUGCGUCGACGGCUUUUCGCGUCGCCGAUGGUUGGACGUACGGAUUCCCGGAGCUGGCGCCAGGGCAUCGAGAGUUGGUCAAGGCGUCGAAGAGAAUCUCAAAUCCGGGGUGCUAUCCCACCGGGUUCAUCGCACUCACUAGACCAUUGGUUGACGCGGGCAUCCUGUCUCCAGGCGCGGCGUUGACGGUGAACGCGGUGAGCGGGUACACGGGCGGCGGUAAGGCGCUCAUCAAGGUGUACGAGGAGGAAGAACACGAGCCGUGGGGCGCUUACGGAUUUAAUCUCGAACACAAGCACUUGCCAGAGAUGGCGAAAUGGAGCAUGAUCGGUCGUGAACCAAUUUUCAUGCCAUCUGUCGGUUCCUUCGCGCAAGGUAUGGUGGUGAGCGUACCGUUGCAUUACGAUCAACUUGCCGCCGACGCUCGCAGCGCCAAGCGUCUGCAUGAGUGCUUACGCGCGCGGUACGCGCAGAGUACGUACGUUUCGGUGCGAGAUUUGAACAAGAUGGACGACCUCGAGCGUGGAGCUUUCAUGAGACCAGACUCUUUGGCGAACACGAACAAGCUCGAGUUAAGUGUUUACGCCAACGACUCAAAGCGAACCGCCGUUCUCGUGGCAAGGUUAGAUAAUUUGGGCAAAGGUGCUUCGGGUGCGGCGGUGCAAAACAUGAACUUGGCGCUUGGACUGGAUGAAACAAUGGGAUUGUAG